UUUAAAGCAUAUUCAUACACAUAUACAUUUUCUAGAAAGUCAGCCUCCCAAUAUUUGCAGAUAUGCCUCCUUAUAUAAGCCAAAUAGUCCCGCAUCUUCUUUUCCAUCAAAUCUUCAGACAACUCUUAGGAACAGAAAGAAGUAUUUGUGGCUUAAACACAAAAAAAAUACUUAAAAUGGCAUUCUCGAAGAGACUCGUUUUCGCGAUGAUCUUCGCGGUUUUUGCGAUAGCUAAGCCAUCAGAAGCUGCUCUUGAUGCUCAUUACUAUGAUCGAUCGUGCCCCGUUGCGGAAAAAAUCAUACUUGAAACUGUUAAGAACGCUACUUUGUAUGAUCCAAAAGUACCUGCACGUCUCCUCAGAAUGUUCUUCCAUGACUGCUUCAUUAGGGGAUGUGAUGCGUCGAUUCUACUAGAUUCGACCAAGUCAACCCAAGCUGAGAAGGAUGGUCCUCCAAACAUCUCAGUUCGGUCAUUUUACGUCAUCGAAGAUGCUAAGAGAAAGCUCGAAAAGGUUUGUCCUCGUACUGUCUCUUGUGCCGAUGUAAUAGCCAUCGCAGCCAGAGAUGUUGUCACCCUGUCCGGUGGUCCUUAUUGGAACGUACUAAAAGGGCGAAAAGACGGGAAGAUUUCACGAGCCAACGAGACUAUCAAUCUCCCAGCGCCCACGUUCAAUGUUUCUCAACUGAUCCAAAGCUUUGCAGCAAGGGGGUUGUCGGUGAAAGACAUGGUUACACUCUCAGGCGGUCACACAAUAGGAUUCUCUCAUUGUUCUUCCUUCGAGGCCCGUCUUCAAAACUUCAGCAAGUUCCAUGACGUUGAUCCUUCGAUGAACUAUGCAUUUGCGCAAAGCCUGAAAAAGAAAUGCCCUAGAUCUAACAACCGAGGCAAGAACGCAGGGACUGUCUUGGACUCUACAUCCUCGGUUUUCGAUAAUGAUUACUACAAGCAGAUUUUGUCGGGGAAAGGAGUGUUUGGGUCUGAUCAGGCGCUUCUAGGCGAUUACCGUACCAAGUGGAUCGUUGAGACGUUUGCUCGAGACCAAAAGGCCUUCUUCAGGGAGUUUGCAACUUCCAUGGUGAAACUUGGAAACUUUGGAGUCAAGGAGACAGGACAAGUGAGAGUUAACUCUCGCUUGGUCAAUUAAAGCAAAACCCUACAGAUCAAGAACAGGUUGCUAAUGAGAGAUUUCUUAUCUUUAAAUUUGUUUUCAUUUAUAUUUGAUAUAAUAAUAAUGUAAACUUGGCAAAUGUACGACCGAUUUUAAACCAUAUUUUAUAGUUCCCUAUGAA